UCCCGAGCCCACACGCACGGAGCGACACACACACUCAGAGAGAGAGAGAGAGAGAGAGAGAGAGAGAGACGUCGUGGGAGCGAGAAUUCGUACUUCGGAGAGAAAGAAAUAGGAGUACUAGAUUAAGAGCGAGGGACAACUCAGACAAGAGGAGAUCUUUUGAUUUUGUGUUUCAAGUACCAGGCAGCUAAAUCAGUCUCUUCUCAUUCGGAUUCGCUACGAGAUCCUUUGUCCAAGUCUUUCUGUCCCCACCCGCCGCAGGGAGGGCUGGUGGAUUAUCUGAUCGAUCUUGUGGCACUGGGUCUCAAUUGAAACCAAAUCUUGCUUCUUCUUGACUGGAAUUCGAAUCAGGGACUUGGGGGUAAUCCUUAGGUGGGUUGAAAUUCCCUGCGUGAUUGAAAGGCUUCCCCUUUGAAUAACUAUUACCUGGAUCGGCAGUGGUUCUGGUUUUUCUCUUUGCCAAGCCCGCACUGGCUUCUUGGGUUUUCUUGAAAAGCCUGUUGAGUGGUAACUUGGUUAUCACGUGAAAUCUGAAAUUCCCCCUCUACCAUGGCUAACCCACCUCCGCAGCUGUCAGUUGGAUACUCCACUACCAUCAUCCCCUCAAACCAAGAUACACCAACCCCUCGCCCAGAUGCUAAAUUAAUUCCAGCACCUCCUUUCGCUUCUCCCGCUGCACCUAGAUUUCCACCUCCACCGCUUUCACGACCGGAUCAGAUUCCUUCACCCUCUAUGAGAACCCCAACUAUGCCAUCACCAGUGAAUGGGAUUAGGGCUGGCAGCCCUGCUCCUCAUUUGAGCACCCCUCCGGGCCCUCCGGUGUUCUCCUCCCCACUCCGACCUGCUGCUGUUCCCUUUCGAACUUCUCCGGCCGCUCCGCAGCCUGUUGCUUUUUCUUCAGGUUCCUCUUUGCCCACUUCCUCGCCUCCUCAUUUUUCAAACGGAUCCAUUGAGUUGCUGCGCGAAGCUUCGGAUGCUACAGAGCAGUCUGUGCCUGAUCCAGAAUCGCCCUGUGUACUAUUCUCAGCUCAUAAGGUACUGAAACAAAAGAAAUUGGCAAACAUACCCAGUUUGGGGUUUGGGGCACUUAUUUCACCUGGGAGGGAAAUUUUGCCUGGUCCACAAAUUAUACAACGUGAUCCCCAUCGCUGCCAAUCCUGUGGAGCUUAUGCAAACCUGUAUUGCAAUAUCUUACCUGGCUCGGGACAGUGGCAGUGUGUAAUUUGCCGGUGUCUGAACGGAAGUGAGGGUGAAUACAUAGCUUCCAGCAAGGAAGAGCUUCGUAAUCUUCCAGAAUUGUCAUCUCCUUUGGUCGAUUAUGUCCAAACCGGGAACAAGAGACCUGGUUUUGUUCCAGUCUCUGAUUCGAGAAUGUCAGCACCCAUUGUGCUCGUUGUAGAUGAGUGUUUAGACGAACCACAUCUCCAGCAUCUGCAAAGUUCCUUGCAUGCUUUUGUAGAUUCACUUCCCCCAACUACAAGGAUUGGAAUUGUACUAUAUGGUCGCACUGUAUCAGUAUACGACUUCUCAGAGGAAUCAAUUGCAUCUGCUGAUGUGCUUCCUGGCAGCAAAUCACCAACACAGGAGGCCUUAAAGGCAUUGAUUUAUGGAACGGGAAUCUACUUGUCGCCAAUUCAUGCUUCACUGCCCGUGGUACACUUGAUAUUUUCAUCACUUAGUCCUUACAAACUGAAUAAUCCAGAAGCUUCAAGAGACCGUUGCCUGGGCACAGCAGUGGAGGUUGCUCUGGCAAUAAUUCAAGGGCCAUCGGCAGAAAUGACAAGAGGGGUGGUUAAAAGAAUUGGAGGUAAUAGUAGAGUAAUUGUGUGCAGUGGAGGGCCAAAUACCUAUGGGCCAGGAUCAGUUCCUCAUUCUUUUAAUCAUCCAAAUUAUCCCCAUCUGGAGAAAACAGCAUUGAAGUGGAUGGAGAACCUAGGUUGCGAGGCUCAUCGACACAAUACGGUGGUUGAUAUUCUGUGUGCUGGAACAUGCCCAGUAAGAGUUCCUGUUUUGCAACCUCUUGCAAAAGCUUCCGGGGGAGUUUUGAUCCUCCAUGAUGACUUUGGAGAGGCCUUUGGCGUGAACUUGCAGAGGGCAUCUACUAGGGCAGCAGGUUCACAUGGGUUGUUGGAAAUUCGCUGUUCUGAUAAUAUUCUCAUAACUCAAGUCAUAGGUCCUGGUGAGGAGGCUCAUACAGACAGUCAUGAAACUUUUAAGAAUGACACCUCUCUAUCGAUACAAAUGCCAAGUGUGGAAGAAACACAGAGCUUUUCAGUCUCCAUGGAAACAAGAGUAGACAUCAAAAGUGAUUAUGUAUUUUUCCAGUUUGUAAUUCAUUUUUCAAAUGUCUAUCAAGCUGAUAUCUCUAGAGUGAUUACUGUCCGAUUGCCCACUGUGGAUAGUGUUUCAGCGUAUCUUGAUAGUGUUCAAGACGAGGUGGCUGCUGUUCUUAUUGCUAAGAGGACUCUCUUACGAGCCAAAACCUUUUCUGAUGCGAUUGAUAUGAGAGCAACAAUAGAUGAGAGAGUAAAGGACAUUGCUUCAAAAUUUGGUUCUCAAAUGCCCAAGUCGAAGCUUUAUCGGUUCCCUAAGGAGCUAUCCUUGUUGCCAGAGCUCUUGUUCCAUUUGAGAAGGGGCCCCCUAUUGGGAGGGAUUGUUGGUCAUGAAGAUGAGAGGUCUGUGUUGCGGAAUUUGUUUCUGAAUGCAUCAUUUGACCUGUCUCUUCGUAUGGCUGCACCUCGGUGUUUAAUGCAUCGUGAAGGUGGCACUUUCGAGGAACUGCCAGCUCAUGACCUUGCUAUGCAAUCGGAUGCUGCAGUUGUUCUUGACCAUGGCACAGAUGUCUUCAUUUGGUUGGGUGCUGAACUCGCAGCUCAGGAAGGAAAAAGUGCCGCAGCUUUAGCAGCUUGCAGAACAUUGGCUGAAGAGCUUACCGAAAUGCGGUUCCCAGCUCCUAGGAUCCUGGCAUUCAAGGAGGGAAGUUCGCAGGCACGAUAUUUUGUUUCUCGGCUGAUACCCGCACACAAGGAUCCCCCAUAUGAGCAGGAGGCAAGAUUCCCGCAGCUUAGAACAUUGACUACAGAACAGAGGACGAAGCUGAAAAGCAGUUUUCUUCACUUUGACGAUCCUAGCUUCUGUGAAUGGAUGCGUAGCUUGAAAGUGCAGCCGCCUUAAUCAAGCUAAAGCUAACAGUUGUGCACCCCCAAUUCUACUGUCCAUGUCACCCCCCUGGGAUGCCCAUUUCUCCCUUCUCUCUCUCUCUCUCUCUCUCUCUCUCUCUACUCACCAAUCCUUUUUUCUUUGUCAAAUACAAAAUGGAUAAAAAUCUUCCUUUCCUUUUGUUUUCCAGUUUUCGUAUUAGUUGUUUCUCUGUUUAUUUUAUGACUUUAGAAUUCAUAGUUGGCACAAAUUAGAAUGAAAAACUUAAAUUUGGAAAAUUUUGGUUUGGAAGUUGAGAUGUAUUAAAUUAAAACGGAAUAAUAAAGAUGUUUGCCUUGGUGAA